AGGUGGCAGAGCACGCUCGCGCAUACAAACUGAACGUACCACACGUAGAAGUGUGUAAUGUAUUGUUCUAAAAGAAAACAUUGCCGUAACGCCUACAUUUGUUUUCUACAUAUUAGAGAAUAAAUAUACCAGACGGUGGCACUGCUUUCGAUUUAUAUUACGAUGCUCCGGUGAAGGUUUUGUGUAAUAACCUAUGCUAGAGAUAGGCUGUGUGAAGAAUACCAGAAGAUGAGGAAUCCGUUUGUAUUGCUUCAGGAUUGAAGCAUAUGAAUUUACUGGAAUCGUGAAUAACUGUCGAUGUCAAGAGAAUGUUGACAUAAAACAAACACGAUGGUGAUACAAAAGAGCUGAUGUUACAGUGGACCUGGGGACUUUGUCAGCACUCUGGACAUUUCUGUUGUCAGUGGAAAUGGAGUUUCCAGGACAUAGUCAGCAGCUCUUGUCCAGCCUGCGCUCUCAGCGUCUACAAGGUUUCCUAUGUGACUGCAGUGUGCAGGUCGGCCCGACUCGUUUCGGAGCCCACCGUGCCGUGUUGGCCUCUUUCUCCCCUUUCUUCCAUAUGUUUUACUCCGAUCAGUCAAUGGGGAAUACCAGCACAAUCAACGGAGGGCCACAAAGAGACACAGUCACUAUUAAUGGAGAUAUCGUGACCCCACAAGCCUUUGGGCUCCUCCUUGACUUUAUGUACGAAGGGGUUCUGCGAUUAGCAGCCCACCCCCCUCCAGAGGACGUGCUCGCCGCAGCCAGCUUCCUACAUAUGAAUGACGUGGUGCGAGUUUGUAAGAGAAGACUGCAGGGUCGAGGAUUGGCUGAGGCGGAUAGUACAAGAGUGGAAGUUGGUGCAAACGAGUCAGCUAAACCUGGAGAACUUGAUGGCUCGAGUGGAGAAGACGUACCUUGUGCAGAAACCGAAAGAGAUGGCGCAGUAAGACAUUGUCCACAGUCAAACCAACAAAUGUCACUUUAUAUCGAUACCAAGACCGAAACACAAGCAGGGAUGGCUAAUCUCCUCACACACAGUGCGAAGAGUUCAGAAAUGGCAGACACGACCCAACCAGGAAUGGACUCGGGUCCGUCCACAUAUCGUUCUUCACCUAGACCUGACAAAACAAGAAUAUCGGCACGGUCUGCUAGCCUUGAGUCAGCACUUUCAAGUCCAUGUAGUACGACAGAACUAAUUCAGACAGAGACGCAACCUGUUGUAGCCACUGCCGUGGCUCUGAGCAGUGUGGACAACACUAGUACUGCUCAAGAACAUGAACCUAGAGUUUUUAUGCAGGCUCAAACACUAAAACCCCAAUUCCAGAAUAAAAGUGCUGGAAAUCCAGGAUCUUCACAACACAUCCAGAGCCAGAAUGAAAGGAGACAUGAAAACACUUUGCCCAAUGCAAGAAACAUGCAAAAUAAGCGUAGAAAAACUCUUUCGCAAACAUCAAGGGAAGAAAAUGUAGAUCGCUUUAAAGUGAAAUUGGAGGCCAUUGUGAUUUCUGACGAAGAGUCUGAUGAUGUAGAUGAGACCGUGGUAAUGGAUGACGGCCCAAUUGGAAAUGCAGAUUUAGAUCAUGGGGAUGAUUUUGACGACAGUAAUCAUGAUGUCGAAGAGCUGACUGAUACUCAAUUUAUUCCUGCACACCCAUUAAUUCAUCUUCCACAUCAAGAACCGCUUUCUUUCCCAUCCUCACCGCAAGGUCCUAAUCCUUCUACAGCAGAAACCACCAGCUUUUCAUCAUCUCUUUUUCCAGCCAAUUCCCAGCCGGAGCAGCAGGCCAUGUUCCUUGAGGAUUUUCAUGACUCGCUUGGGAGUUACAUAGAGGACGUGCCUACUUGUAACACUUGCGGAAAGACGUUUUCGUGUGCUUAUACCCUGAGGAGACACGCCAUUGUGCACACUAGGGAGCGGCCUUAUGAGUGCAGCUACUGUUACCGCAGUUACACGCAGUCUGGAGACUUGUACAGGCACAUCAGAAAGGCACAUGAUCACGGCUUACCAGUCAAACGCAGCAGAGUCGAGUCAGACCCCCCACCAUCACCACCCCCUCCUCCUCAUCCUCCCCAGACAUAGCCAUUAUUUGUGACUCAAUCUUUUUAACAGGUCCUUCAGAAACUUGUAUGAAGUACUGCUGAAGGCUUUUGAAAAUAUCACAAAAUCAUGAAUUGCCGCGUCUAUACUUUUGGGGCUCAUGCCUCAAAAAUGUCAAAUGCUUUGAAAGGGAAACUUGACACAUGUGACUACUACCAUGCCAUUUACAAACACAACCAUCGUAACUGAAAAAAGUUUUUUUGGUGGUAAUUUAAUGUUAAGAUUUGUACUGUUGCACAACCUGGUUUUAAAAUUCAUUGCUAAAGUAUAUUGUUUUUAUAUAAAGAUUGGCAAAGUAAAUUUUAAUUGACUAAGAGUGGUUCCAGCACACUGAAACGGCCUUUUAAUAAGUAAUCACCAUUCAUGGUGGUGUUUUGCAGUUUAAAAUGUUGUGUUUAUGUCUCUUAUCACAUUCAGAUCCAUUAGAGCAGAUAAAUGACUAUAUCACUACAUGGAAGAGUUUUGCUGUGUAUGUGUUUUGUGCAUUUUUGCGAGUGUGAAAGAUGGUAAGACUUUAAAAUAGGUGCUAUGAAUUACAAUCAGCUUUUAGUGCUUUUGAGAACUGUCCAUUUAGUUGUUGAAAAUGUUUAGAGAACUUAAACACUACCUUCCAAAAGCUUGGGGUCAGUAAGAUUUUUGUUCAGCAAGGACACAAUAAAUUGACUAAGAGUAACAGUAAAGACAUUUAUAAUAUAAUAAAAAUGUCAAAUAAAUGCUUUCUAUUCAUCAAAGAAUUCUGAAAAACGUAUCAUGGUUUCCAUAAUAUUAGAGAGCACAGCUGUUUUCAACAUUUAUGAUAAAAGUUUCUUGAGCAAAUCAGCAUAUUAAAGACAUUUUAACAUGCUGAUUUGCUGAUAUUAGAACGAUUUCUGAAGAAUCAUGUGAAACCAAAGGCUGGAGUAAUAAUGGCUGCAGCAAAUUCAGCUUUGCCAUCACAGAAAUAAUUGCAUUUUAAAAUAUUUUCAACUAAAUUAUUUUACAUUUAAAUAAUAAUUCACAAUAUUUCUGUUUCACUGCAUUUUUGAUCA